AUGAUUUGGAGGGUUGUACUGUUACAUUUCCUCUCCAUAUCCACAACAUGCGCGAUUGUACUCCAAAUAAGAGAAGAACCGGGUGCAAACCCAACAGCAGUCAUUCAUGUCGACACUAGUCUUCCAGCCUCCGAUACCCCGAUAGCUACAACAUCGAAUUCUGACGAGACAAGUUCCUCAUCCGAUGCGGCUCCCUCACCUAGCACGGAAGCAUCUGAGAGCGGAUUCCCAGUCUAUCUAGUUGUCACAUCCGAACCCCCUGAUGUCCUUGGCAUCGGAAAUGUGAGCGGGUUUUAUGGACCAGGAAGUUGGGCAGCAUGGUUCAUCUCAAUCGUGGCUUCAUGGGGACGGCUCAUACGAGCCUCAGAAGAGAGAUUUGAUCCAAAUACGUGGUUAUUUCUGCUUGGCACCAACUGGGCUGCAGUUGGUCUUUUUCGUGGAAUCCGCAUGGCUCAAAGCAUCCCGCUUGACUCCUUGACCUACGAUGCAGAUUUGGGCAGCUUGAAAGGCUCCAUUGGGGCGGCAUUUACUGUUACUUUUUGGGGAAGUUUUCAUAGCUCGCUGCAGUAUCUCCUUACAAUUAUGUUAUUUGAUACCCUAGAGCCUCGACGAUAUCGGUUGUGGACACUCUUGCUCGGAAUGAUAUUGCCCUCCCUCGCGCUCAUGCACUCAGCUGCUCCUAUCAGAACGAUGAACGUGCCCGCGCUAUACUGGCAAGCAAUAAACAGCGGGGCCUACGACCUUAAUUUGAUUGUUGCUGCUGGCACUCCAUAUUUUAUCAUGCCAUUCUCUGUAUGGCUGCUCUGGUAUUUGGAGAUAUCAUUGUUACCAAGCGUGUUCUCUGAAACACUGAAACAGGCAUUCAACAAAGUGAUAACAUCGAGAAUGGUGGUAAAAGUGCUGCGUCUUUUUGCCUUUGUAUCAUUCUUUGUGGUGCCGAUCUCGAUCAUCAUGAUCAAUGUUACAGACGAUCCAAGAUGGUGGAUUGGACUAUUACCAAUAGCUCCGCUUUAUCUUUAUUUUCUCUUGCUUGCAUUUCCAUUGUUUUGGAUUGUUUUGGCUGGAUGUGCGAGUGCUUGGUAUGCUUUUGUUGCUUAUGUGACUCGCAGUGUCAAGGCAUCACAGUCAUGUUUCUUCAUGCCAUGUGCUCCCCAGUCGAUUAACGAAGAGGAUCAACUGUUUGCUUUAUUUGCUGGUCUCUUGGUUUUUAUUGGAUGGGAAAUUAUUCCAAUUAUUGUGAAAGAAUUCCGAAAACGCUAUAGAGACCGGCGAGAGUUUGUUCGGGAUAUGGAAGAGCGAAUGAGGGACCUUGAAAUGAGGCGGGCAUUGCAGCGGAGGUUCGGUUGGGAAGGAUCCAGUACUUGGAGCAAUUGGGGGCGAGCAGAUUGA